AUGUCAAAUUUAACAAGAACACUAUCUUCUAGUGAUUUUCCACAAGCAGUUUAUGGAAACGAAACAUAUGAAGAAUUCUCUCCAAAAUGGGAUUCCUGGCCAGUAAUUGUGGCGGUAAUCCCACUAUUUUACAUGUUUCCGACGUUAUUUGUUAUAAUUCGAGUUAUUCAAGUAUAUUGUAAAUCACUUAUUUCGUCAAAAAGUGUGCCGAUAAAUCAGCAUAUUUUUCUAGUUCUAUCAUUGGCCCAAGUUAUGAGUUUUCUGUAUUUCAUUGCCGAUUACAUGAUGCUCCGUUUACCAGCAACAGGAUUCUUCACUGCAUAUUGUGCAACUGUAUACCCAAAUCAAUACAUCAAGCUCAUAUUCUUUCUUACGUUUUACUUUAAUUAUUCUGCAAUGGUUUUUCCAUUUCUUUUGUGCCUUCUUCGAUUAAUUCUUAUAAUGUUUCCAAACACUCAUCAAAAAAUCAACAGUCGAUUGCUGGCAGUCUCAGUUCCCAUAACUUUAAUCUACCCAAUUAUAUUCACAUUCUUUCUUAUUCCAGCUGUAGGUUACUGUAGACAGCUUGGAGGUCCAUAUCCAUUCGGUUCUGUUUCAGUAUACUAUUCUGGCGGUGCAUUAGGGAUGCGUAAUUCAGUGUUUCACUUUUUCAAUACAGUAUUCUGGAUGGCUGCAUGUUUACUUGUAAAUGUUAUUUUAUUCAUUAAGCUUCGAAGUGCAAUACUUGCUGCAACACAAGGGACAUCACGAAGCUCCAGGAGUCGAAAAGCUGAAAUAUCACUAACCGCCACUACAGUAGCCAUGAUACUGCCAUAUUUAACAUACGCCAUUUUUAUUGUAUUGUACCUUAAAGUUCCUGCAUACACGUAUUAUAUGAUGAUAAUCCGUCCAUUCGGAAACGAUUGUGAAACUGUCAUUGUUCCAUGGAUCUUCUAUUUAACCCAUCCAGUAUUCAAAAACCAAGAUGGUUCAGUCAUUUCGAUAACCGUCAUUCAAUCGUCAACGCAACGGAAAGAACGUGCGUCUAUGAUGCCUAUUGCCAAAAUUAACGUAUGA